AAGAUGGAAAACUCGUUACAAGCGGAUACAUGGCCGAGUAUAAUCAAGACAGGUUCAUCGUUGAAGUCGUAGCGAAAGAAACAGCUAUACCCGAAAGAUACGCCAUGACCAGAGUUCAUGUUUGGGUGUUCGAGGCUUCACAAUUAAUACGAGUUAUUUUGUCACGACCUCCUGAGGAAGUGAAUCGUCAGCGUGAUGAGAUCGUGACAGAGUUAUCGAACGCGACUCAAAACAGAGUCGUCGUUGAUGAUAUCCGAUAUCAUGUGGACGCAUCUGGCCACAUUCGCAGAGAAUGGUGUGAUAUGUAUUUACACGUAGUAGAGCCUAAGACUCAAACUAUCGCUCCCAUCCCACAAGUACUUAAAGUCAUUGACGCGAAAUAUGACUUUUUGAAAGAUUAUUAUGCUGGCUUCGCCAUUGAGAACGUAGUGCCUGCCUAUGCUGGUGUCCAGGAAGAACCUUUCGAUCCUGCAUUGGCGGCUUUGAUAGCCUUAUUAGUAGUUUUACUAGUUGGUGCGGUUACUGUAACGGUAGUUUGCUGCUGUUUACGACAUUGGGUAAUUACUGUGCCAAACGAUAUACGAAAGAAGGACGGCCUAAUAAAAAAACAAAUAAUCGACGAAUUAAAUACUACAGAAAAUCCUCUAUGGAUUGAGCAGAAACUAAAAUUAUAUGAGGAGCAGGAAUUAACGAUGCAAGUAUUUAGCGAGCCAGAAGGAGGCCUGGGUACGGAAAGGCGAGGAAGCGGAGUCAGCGUUGGAAUGGGUGACACAUCGCAAGAUAAUACCUACGCUACCAUCCAGCGUCCAAUGCCUACGAACAGGCACCGUCCAACGACGCCAGAUUACACAACACUUCCAGGAAACCACAAUCUUUACGAAUCAGCCAUGGGUUUCCAAGGGUCAACAUUCCAACCAUCCUCGAAUUUAAUUCCUCAACUCACGAUCGACCUCGAUGGCCAGCCCCAGUUUGUAUCAGCGCUAGUAUAAAUUCAGUUCUUCGCCAGUCCCUUUUCCCAAUCGACAUAAUAGAUUACCGUACGUUGUACCUCUCUAACUACGACUCCGACUGUUGCACGCGCCUUCCCGAGAGAUUAUACUCGCAUGCACACACCUUUUCGACAAUAAAUCGAAUAAUAUCGUUAGGUUUGUCUGCGAGUAGACGCGUGUACGAGGGGAGCACGAAAAUUGUCCCGAAUUACGCAGAAAAAGAAAAACACUGACUGGGUCUGCAGCUUUUGCUACUUCAGUUCGAACUUUUCAAAACGUCAAAGAGAUAGAUUGAAAAGUUAAACGGCGAACGACAGUCAAUAUUAUUGGAAUAAAAUACGUGUUAUUUCCCUGUAGCUGGUGUGUGCAUGUAUAUAUGUGUGCGUUGCCAACCUGUGGUCUCCUUCUAACUGACUGUUAGGCAUUGUUAGAAAAAUCAAAAUUGCUAGUAUAAUAGACACUGUGAAAUAGCUUAACGACCGGAGCUUGGCACGACAGAUAUAUGUAUAUAAAUGAAUGUGUAGACUCCGUCCAGCGCAGUUUUCUUAUUACUUCCUCACUAGUUUAGUAUUUAUAUAUAACUUCCGUACGUUUUACACGUGAAAGAAAAUAUGAGAACGUACUUAUAAUGUCAUUACGAACGAAAGAAUCACUGCCAUGUCGUGGCAUUAAUAUUAAAGAAAAUAAUGUUCUACGUAAGAACAGAACAAGCUCACGAUGUUAAGAGUAUUUAUAAGAAAAAAAAUCAAUCGGUAUAUCAGCUGCGUCGUAGGCUCAUGUGCGAUUAUUAUUUUAUAUAUAUAUAUAUAUAUGUUAUGUAUUUAUUUAUGUUAGAGUUUAAUGACUGAUUUUUAUCGGAUUAAUCUGUGAUUUGAUUACGCCCGCGUAUGCACUCGCGACAGUUGAUUCGCAAUUAAACUUCUGUAAGACUCAUUAGCGAUGGGCGGAUAUAGUCAUAUCAUAGCUAGUUAAAGCCGAGACGUUCGCAUCAAAUUUCGAUGUUAGGUAAGAACAUAAUCAUUCCGCGCGUCCUGCGAGCAUCUCUUCGCGUCAUUUCAAAUAAAAACCGUCCUCAACGAACGAAUCAUGCACAUUGGGGGUCUGUGAAAUUUAUUGCGAACGGCUCUCACCGUACAGUAUAUAUUAUAUAAUCAAGAUACAAUAACUUAAUUAUGAUCAUGUUAUGUCUAUAAACAUUUAAUGUUAAACUAAUAUCAGUAUCACGAUAUUACUAGAUGGUUAUGAAUAUUCCAGUUAGUAAAGAUAUCUGUUUAUUGAUUAUAAAUUUAUUGUAACAUAUUUUAUGUAAGCCAUUGGUAAGGAAAAUAUUCGUAUGUCGACAUUCAUCACGUUUCACAUCGUGUGAAAAUAAAUAUUCAAAUCUGUGUACAUUCAA